GGGGUAGGGCCAGACAGAAGCCGUCUGUACAGACAGGAAAAAAACAAGGAACAGUUCACAACCUGUUUGUCUUUGACAAACGUUUUUUUAUAUGAAAAAGAGAAUCCAGAAAGCACAGGAUCUUGUUUAACAGCUUGAAAGAUGGACGUCCCAGAGAAUUCCCCAGGGAUUAUGGGACUUCUGAAAACUUUUGACGCUUCAGAGUUUGGGAGUUGGGAAAAGAUUGGCUCCGGCGGCUUCGGACAGGUGUACAAAGUACGACAUAUUCAGUGGAAAACACUGCUGGCGAUCAAGUGCCCUCCCAGUCUUCAUUCAGAUGACAAGGAGCGUGCCGAACUCUUGGAGGAGGCCAAGAAGAUGGAGGCGGCCAAGUUCCGCUACAUCCUCCCCGUGUACGGCAUUUGCAGCGACCCGCAGGGAUUGGUGAUGGAGUACAUGGAGACGGGCUCUCUGGAGACUCUUCUGGCCUCAGAGUCACUGCCCUGGGAGCUGCGUUUCCGUAUCAUCCAUGAGACCGCGGUGGGGAUGAACUUCCUGCAUUGCAUGAACCCGCCCCUACUUCAUCUGGACCUUAAACCCGCUAACAUCCUGCUGGACGCUCACUACCACAUUAAGAUUUCUGACUUCGGCCUAGCAAGGUGGAAUGGCUUUUCCAGGAACGACGACAUUAGCCGUGAUGGGUUUUGUGGCACCAUCGCUUACCUCCCUCCAGAGAGGAUUAUAGAAAAAGACAGAAUCUCUGACGUUAAACACGACGUGUACAGUUUUUCGAUUGUUAUCUGGGGAAUUCUCACACAGAAGAAGCCAUAUCAAGGAGACAAUAACAUCCUGCACAUAAUGGUGAAGGUGGUGAAGGGUGUUCGUCCAGACCUAAGCGUUAUUCCCCGCAGUCGUCCCCAGGCCUGCUCAGGGUUCCUGGCCCUUAUGCAGAAGUGCUGGGCACAUUCUCCUGAAGCCAGACCCAGUUUUCAAGAGAUCACUUCAGAAGCUGAGGAUCUGUGCACCAAACCUCAUGAUGAGUCCAGAGCUUCCAUUUCUUCAGAACCAGAAUGUUCGCCCUGCCCUGCCCCAGCCUCCAGCGAACAGGCUAGCAACCAAAAGCCAGUGAGGCCAAAGUCAGCCAUGUUACCUGAGAAGGACUGCAGCCUCUCCGAGUUGCUGUCUCAGAUCGACUCCGGCUUCUCGCGCAGUUUUAGCGACGUCAAAGAGGAGUCCCUUGAGAGCAAAGACAACACCAGCAAGAGACUGUCGGGCAUCUCCUCUGUGGACUCGGCUUUCUCAUCCCAAGGCUCGAUUACAUUGUCCUUUGAGAAGGAAAAUGCUGUGAAUGAAUCCAGUGAGAUACAGAAGAAGAAGCUUUGUGAAGCCAUUCGCACCGAGGACAUCGCUAAGCUGAUGAAGAUCCUCCAGCCACAAGAUGUUGACUUGCUCUUGGAGGGUGGCAGCAACCUGCUCCACUUCGCCGUGAUUCUGGCCAAUGAGGAAGCAGUUAAGUUUCUGCUGCUUAGCAACUGCAACCCUAACUUGCCCAAUACUCAAGGAUCCACACCCCUCCACCUGGCAGCCGAGAAGCGGCUGAAGGGAGUGUCCGAGAUUCUCCUGAGCCGCAAGACGACGAAUGUCAACGCCAAGGACGAGGACCAGUACACACCGCUGCACUUCGCAGCCCAGAACGGCGACGAGGCCCUGACACGUCUACUCCUAGACCGCUCCGCUUCCAUCAACGAAAUAGACUCUCAGGGACGCACGCCGACGCAUAUUGCCUGCCACCACGGACAAGAGAACGUGGUGAGGGUCUUGCUCAGUCGUGGUGCUGAUGUCCACGUCAAAGGCAAAGACGACUGGACGGCACUACACCUGGCUGCCUGGAAAGGCCAUUUGGGAAUUGUGAAGCUCCUGGUGAAGCAGGCAGGUGCCGACGUUGACGGUCAGACGUCGGACGGGCGCACGCCGCUCCAUCUGGCGUCUCAGCGAGGCCAGUACCGUGUGGCACGGAUCCUGGUGGAGCUCGGCGCUAACGUCCACCUGACUUCUGACGGCCUCCACAGUCCUCUUCACGUGGCCGCGGAAACGGGCCACACCAGCACUUCGAGACUGCUUGUGAAACACGGCGCGGAUAUUAACGGCCGGACGGCCGUCGGCUGCACCGCCUUGCACCUGGCAUCCCAGAGAGGCCACCUCCCGACGGUUAAAAUGCUUCUGGCGGAGGGUGCCGAGCCCAAGAGCGCCGACCACGGCCUUCGCACGGCGUGUCACCUGGCCGCCGAGAACGGCCACUGCGAGGUCCUCCGAGAGCUUCUGCAGAGAUUCCCCGACGUCGCUAAUGCUCAAGACAGAACUGGAUUCACUCCACUUCACCUGGCUGUACGCGGCGGCCACAAAGAUGCCAUCUGCGUUCUCCUGGAACGCGGUGCCGACGCUGCACCGCUGUCUCCACAGUUUGCCAGAGAGCGCUCGUUUGACUACACGUCGGAAUCGGAGCCAGAGAGUCCGAAUCCUCUCACCCCGACGACGAAACUGGAGAGGAAAGUGGUCAUUCUGAAACUCACCAACCACAAAAACGUUGACGGCACACUGAUACCCGUAGACUCGUUGUGUGAAUCGGCACCUUGUUGAGGGUCCUUCUCAUGGACACCAGGAAAUUUUGCCAAGACACUUUCUCCUCCUACUUUAUAAAGACUGAUAGAUGCUCUAAAAUAGGAACCUCUUGUUAUCCAUUCGGAUUUAAUGUACAUUUUGUAAUAUUUUCUCCAGGGUUUGGUCUCUUGUUGACUUUCCUCCUAAUAAUAGUGUUGUCUUGCGACAACACUAGAAAUGCAUUCUUGUAUAUAUCGCUACUGUAAAUAGAGCUUCGAUAUUGUACUUUCCAUGCCAUUGUUUAUCUAUUCCUGUGUUUGUUGUAUGUCUUUAAUUUCACCAUUUUCUUCUUGUCACCAGUGUACUGUGGUGAUGGAUGCAAUGCAAGUAAUGCUUUCUCCAACCCUCAAAAUUGUAUGAGUGAAAUUAAUUUUGUAGCAUAUUUCAAUAAGCUCAUCAUAUAUCAACUUAAUAUUGCACUUAAGUUCAAAUGUUGUCUAGAAUUUAAAGAGAAAUGGCAAUGUUGUGAGGCCAAUUAUAUAAUUAAAAUGGUUGACUCAAAUAGAGCAUGGACCCAUUUGGCUCGUACCAUGGGAACGGGCCCUCGGGGGGAUCACAGGUGUGGGUAGACCGUACGGGGGAGGAAGACUCUAUAACCAUGUACCCUCAUGUUCAGGGCACUGGCUCAUUCCUGAGACCACUUUAUCUUUUCAUCACUCUGUAAAACCACUGCGCCGAGCCCUGCGUUUUGCUAAGGGGGGUGUAGCCAUCAUUACCUUUCACUGUCUGGAACAGAAAGCCUGUUAAUUGCUAGGUCUUUAAACUGCUGUUGAACUCUGCGUUUCUGUGGUUGUUGUUGUUAUCCAUGCAUUUGCAUCUGUGUAAAAAAAUCUUCCGUAGCGCACUCAGUAAUCCGAUGUCAACACCUUGACUUCUGUAAUUAGCCUAGUUUAUGAAGCUGCCUUCCCAUUUCCCCUUUGUACACAAAAAAGGUAUUUCUCAGUUAUCCGUAGUGUUUGCACACUUUUAUAUUUGCACACUUUUAUAUUUGAUGAAAAAUUAAAGUGCAUCACAUAUGUACAUACGUAUGUAAA